GUUGUGGCAACAAAAAAGUCACUUAGCCAAAGAUGAAGUGUUUGGCGUCUGUGCUCCUGGCGGCUGCCGUUUGCGCUUCCGAAGUUGAGAAGCGAGAGGCGGAGCCCAGCUAUGGCUAUCGUUCUAGAUACACUAUCCCAUCCUACACAGCAUACAAUACCCACCAAAUCUACAAGAGAUCUGCCGAUCCUGAAGCUGAUGCUGAGCCUUCUGUUGCUUACUCUUCCGCAUCUUACACCCCGACUGCACCCGUCUACGCUCCUUACAGCGUUCAUGGGUACCACAAGAGGUCUGCUGAAGCUGAUGCUUCUCGUGGAACCUUUCACGGAAUUUACAGCCACACUCCCAUUACUUACGGAGGCCACUCCAACCAUGGGCUCUACAAGAGGUCCGCGGACCCUGAAGCUGAGGCUUCCACUAGAUAUUAUUCUGCACCUUCUGUGUAUGGUCCAGUUGUGUCCUACGGCCAUGGUAUCUACAAGAGGUCUGCUGAAGCAGAGGCACAACCAUCCACCCCAUACGCUCCCGUGCACUACAGACCUGUUUCUCUUUACCAACCCUGAUACUACUAAGACUGGGAAUGACUGAAUGAUUUAGCUGAUGUGGGGCAUCGGUGUGUUCAAUAAAGGUGAAAAUAUCA